CUUCUUCCACAGCUCUGUCACUCACUCACACACUCGUACCGGCUCUCCCUGGGCACCAUCUCCACUACCACAGAUCCUCGGCAUAUCUGCGUUUUGCCAGGUGGACGCACACCCCCACAGUCACCAUUUCCGCCCCGGAGAGCUCCACGCUGGCAGCGCAGCCCCUUCCCCGGCUGAGCAUCGGGCGGAAGACCCUGGUGGCAGCUGCUGUGGGGGUCAUGCUGGUCCUGGUCCUGGUGGUGCUCAUCCCCGUGCUGGUGAGCUCGGUCGGCGCGGGCGGGAUGGACGACGGCUCCAGCCACUACGAGAUGCUGGGCACCUGCCGCAUGGUGUGCGACCCCUUCCCCGGCACGGGCGCCACGGGCGCGGGCGCGCACGCCGGCACGGACACGGCGACCUCCGGCCUGCAGGUGGACAACGAGGGAGACCUGAGCGAUCACAGCAUCGGCCCGCCGCUGCCCACUUACAGCGCCCACGGCCCGCAGGGCAAGCCGGGACGUCCGGGCAAGCCCGGACCCCCCGGGCCACCAGGGGAGCCCGGUCCGCCGGGACCUAAGGGACCGCCGGGAGACGGCGUGGACGUCGUACGGACGGGGAUCCUUGGCCUCGGGGGUAAAGGAGCGGUUAGCACCACGACCUACAACACCACUCCUCGGGUGGCGUUUUACGCGGGACUCCGAAACCCCCAGGAAGGUUACGAUAUACUGCGGUUUGACGAUGUGGUGACUAACAUCGGGGGUAACUAUGAGGGCUCCACAGGCAAGUUCACCUGUAAGAUCCCUGGCACCUACUUUUUCAUCUACAAUGUGCUGAUGAGGGGAGGAGAUGGCACCAGCAUGUGGGCUGAUCUGAUCAAAAACACUCUGGUCAGAGCCAGCGCCAUCGCCCAGGAUCAGGACCAGAGUUACGACUACGCCAGCAACAGCGUCAUCCUUCAUUUGGACGCGGGCGACGAGGUCUUCAUCAAGCUGGACGGGGGCAAAGCCCACGGGGGCAACAGCAACAAAUACAGCACCUUCUCAGGGUUCAUCCUCUACGCGGACUGAAGGCGGGACGCGCGCUCGAAGGAGAAAGGUCGAAGCCGGCGGACGUUCAACUCUCCGACUUUCACUUGGCUCUUGCAGUGAGGUUACCGUUUCCCACGGCCACAGAUCCAC